CUGAUGGAGCCUGAGCCGGGUGUUGACAGAGUCGCACUGGGCCUGCAGGGCUGUCUUGGGCACCGGCAAGGCAUGUUCAGGGUCCUGCAGCCCUUUCACUGCCCGGCUCCCGUGGGUGCCGCACAGGGUGGGAGCAGCCGAGAGGGAAGGGCUGAACUGGGCCGGGACGGGAGAGGGUGCUGCCAGCACCUAGUCCGUGUGCCAAGGGCGGUGUGGGAGAGCACAGCGUUCCCCUGGCAUGACCCACCCUCUGAGCACCCGCUGUCACCCUUCUGGAGUGCCGGGAGAGGGGCCACGGUGUGACUCAAGCCCCCGCCCUGGGUUUGCCCUGUACCUCUCCCUGGGAGUCACCCAGCACUCGGUGCUUGUCACCGCCCGGCUCUGCUUCCCUCCGCCCGCCCCACACCGGCACCCGGCCCUGCCCUCCCCACCCACGCACCCUUCCUGCUACUAGGAGCAGCGUAAGGCAGUAGUAGCAGAGCUGCCAUGGAAGCCAACACUUCCCUCUGGCACAGCUACCUCGGGGUGAUCGUGUCCCGCGAGAGGCAGAGGAUGGAGCAUUUCCAGCGGGCCGAGGACAUCCUGCUCACCCUGCUGGAGAGCGUCCAUGCCAGGGAUCCCCGCUUCCUCGUGGACUACGCCAGGAACCUGGAAGCCUUCGAGUUUGCUCUCUGUGCCUCUGAGGACGCUGUCACUCUCGAGGUGCCCCUGCGCAUUGACGGCGACACCCUGCGAGUGCUGGCACGCCGGAGCAGGGACAGCCCGGAGCAGGGAGGGCAUCCUUCAGAGCUGAGCACCUGCUGCCUGGAAGUGUGCUCUCCAGGGGCUGAUUUGGAGGACUGGACUGGUGGUGUGGAUGGGAUGGAGCACGGAGGUGGUGCGGGCUGCCUGCUUCCAGGCAAAAUCCUGCAGCACCUGAAAGAGCUCCUUGUUUCAGCCAUCGUGCGCUGCCAACGCCUCUUCCUGCUUCAGCCAGGUGACAUCAGUGCUGAAAACCUGCGGGAAGAUGCCAUGCAGCUCUCCCUGCUGAUCCGCGGCAGCUGGAAGUCCAUUCGCUUUGACAUUGUUCCUGUGGUGAGGAGGCAGCAGGAGCCGCUGCAGCUCCGGGGGCGCCAGGGCGACAGAGGCUUCCCCGAAGGCAGCCUCAGGAGGGCCACGGAGGAGGCUCACUUUGUCCCUGCCUCUCCCCUCUGCUGGAGAUCCUCCACUCACCUUCCCCUCCUGAAGCUGCUCCGAGGAGUGGACAGCCUGCAGGGGCCCCGUCUGGACAGCCUCCGCCUGCUCGACCAGCUCCGAGAGCAGGACUGGGGAGGCCAGGCUGGGACAGGCACUAUCACCUUCCAACACCUCAAGAUGGUGUUGCUGUGGAGCACAGAGCUCUUCCCCUCCCCUGAGGACUGGCAGGACCUGGAAGGCUCAGUCUACAGGCUCUUGGUGAUCCUUCUCCGCUGCCUGGCCACCCAGAAGCUGCCCCACUUCCUGAACCCAGAAGAAAACCUCUUCCAAGGAGCUGCCCCAGACCUUGCCUCCCUCUACCAUAAAGUGGAGUGCUUUGCCUGGGACCCCCAGCGCUUCCUCCGCUUCCAUUUUGGCCUCCACGGGUUCCGUGGCAGCUGCCAGGCAGACAUGGAGACCAGAGCCCUCCUGCAGCUCCCCACCAAGGAUGGCUCCUGCUGGGACACAGCCUACUUUGACAUUCUGCUCAGCCAGUUUCAGGUGUACCGGAUCCAGGACAGUGCACGCCGCUCUGCAGCAUCCCAGCUCCUCUCCAGGAUCCACCAGGAAAUCCCUCAGCAGAGCUGAGUGGGACCCUGCUGCUGCCCCAUUGGGGUGUCUCAGAA